UUUUCCGGCAUGUAUGUAAAUUUUACUUUCGCAUUCCCAAAAGUUCUGCAAGCGGUCCUGCUGCAGGGAAAAGAAAGAUGGCGAUUCUCUUGAGGCGUCGCAGCAGCUUCUUCACUAAACUCCUCCUCCCCCAGUUACCGCAAUCACGAUUGCUCUCCACGGAUGCCGUAGUUGAGUACAAGCCCGGCGAGAUAGGGUUCGUUACCGGUAUCCCCGAGGAGCAUCUCCGUCGCAGGGUCAUUAUCUACUCACCAGCCCGCACGGCAACUCAGCAAGGCUCUGGGAAAGUUGGAAAAUGGAAAAUCAAUUUUAUGUCCACUCAAAAGUGGGAAAAUCCAUUAAUGGGCUGGACUUCUACAGGAGAUCCGUAUGCUAAUGUCGGUGAUGCAGCACUUUCAUUUGACAGCGAAGAUGCUGCGAAGUCAUUUGCUGAGCGGCAUGGGUGGUACUAUGAGGUUAAGAAGCCUCAUACUCCUCUUUUGAAGGUGAAGUCUUAUGCUGAUAAUUUCAAAUGGAAAGGCCUUCCACAGCCUGAAGAACUUUAGGUCCGUACCAUUUCUGAUACGUCCCAUCGCUGUCUGCUUCUUUAUUGCAUGAAUUUACAUGCUGGUUGGAUGUCUGAUAAUGCUUAAGAGUGCCGAAUGAGUCAUCUUUUUCAUAGUUUUAAUCUGCAAAUAAUUGCUUUAUUUUUAUUUUACUACAAUUUCUUCUUAUUUUUUAAAGAGGAUUGAUCAAACUUGUUUAAAUACAAAUGGAUAUUUACAUUCA